GGUGUGAGGGCAUCUAGUUCAGCAUGGAAAGAUUCAGAGGACAACAGCAUUCAUACAUAAACACGCAUGUUUGCAGCAAAUUUGGGGACAGAAGAAACACAAUAAUAAAAAUGAUCUCUAGAUUUAUUCCUGUAUGUGGUGUCCUUGAAUUAAAACAAGCUAGCACACUAAGAUGGUGGCUUGCCUGACUCCUGAUCAAUAUUCCGCCUCUUACAAAUGGAAGACCCAGACAAACAACAAAGGGGUUUACAUAAAACUUGAACUUCCCCGAGUAGUGUUCAUUGUUGCCUAAGACGCAAACAUCCAUUUCUUUAUUCAACAAGCAUUUACUUUAAGCCAAAUAUGUGCUGUGUCUUGAUUAUACUGAACAACCAUCUUGACGUUUUUGUAAGUUCCAUCUCAAAAGCAAGUCCAUUAGAAGUAUUUUUCUAGCUUUUUCCAAGGGUGGCUCCUUCCCACCCUCUGUGGCUCUCCUGUCUUGCUGCUUGGGACUUCUGAAAUUUUCACUGUGACCCCCUUGUAAUAUCUUGGGGUCCAAAAAGGCAUAUGAACCCAGGUUGAGAGACACAGCACACACUAAGCAUCACAAAUGUAGGUAACUCUAUUAGAAAUCUGUAACAUUGUAGACAAUAUUUACCAGGACAGUGGAGUUCUUUUGGGGGGUGGAGACAUUGGUCCACACCCAGGGGUGCUGGGGGACUACUCUCUGCCUCUGUGCUCAGAGACCAUGUGUUCCAUAAAUUGAACCUCUCACCGGCUUUAGAAAGCAAAGCACACACUCUGCUAUUUUUCAGGCACCAAUGGAGGUUAUUUUUUUUGUUUUUAACGCAGAAAAAAAAAAAACAUACGAGAAAACCAAGUCAAAGAGCUCAAUGAUAAAGCCAUAAUUUUGGGUACCUAGAGAACGAUGCAAGCCCGGACAGAGAAGUGCAUCCUGGGAAAAUCCAGGCGCUGAGGGGGGAGAGAGAGAGAGAGAGAGAGAGGUCGGUUCUAAACGUCCUGAGGUUUGGUGCGGGCUGGAGGCUGGGUGUGCUGGCUGCAGGGCACGCCUGGAGCAGGGGAAGGUUAGCAGGCGGCGGAAGGCAGAACUUUCUCAAUGAAGCGACGCGCUGCCAACCGGGCGCAGGGUACCCCGAGCUGCACCCCAACGCCCGGCAUGUCUGUGGCUGGAAUUCUUCGCACAGAAGCCGAGGCCGGGCUCACCAGACGAGAGGGUACUAAGUAGAGACGUGGGAAAUGCGAGCUCGGUGCAGGGGAGGGGCUGGGCGGGGAGAGGCGGCAGGUCUGAGCCAGCCGGCACAGCUCGGGACCUGCAGAGCCCCAGCCCGCCGCACCCGCACUUUGAGCAUCGCCGUCCAGGACCGGCUCCCGGGGGCAGCAUGAGCAAGAGGGUCAGCGGGCGUGCUCGGACGUGAAGCUCCAUCCCCCGGCGACCCCCCGAAGCGGAUACUUCACCGGCAGGCACCGAUUACACCAUUCUUGGGCGAAAGCGAUUGGGCCGUGGUAACCUCUUCCAAUCGAACACUCUACAAAUUAUUAUCUCUGGACUUCCAGCUGACAUCCUGCCGGAGGCAAGAGCAGCUCAGCCAACUGGAACUGUGCCUUUUCUCUUGUCAAGGUUUUUUUCUUACACAGGAAAAAGAAAGAGAAAAAAAAAAGAUGAAGUUGGGCAGAGUGGAGUUGUGCCGUUUGCUGCAGCUCAUAGCGCUUUUCCUGUGUUUUUCUGGCAUGCAUCAAGCAGAACUUUCAAGAUCCAGAUCGAAGCCCUAUUUCCAAUCAGGGCGGUCCCGGACCAAGCGCAGCUGGGUGUGGAAUCAGUUCUUUGUGCUGGAGGAGUACAUGGGUUCAGACCCCCUCUAUGUAGGAAAGCUUCACUCCGAUGUUGAUAAAGGAGAUGGCUCUAUCAAGUACAUCUUGUCAGGCGAAGGGGCAAGUUCCAUUUUCAUUAUCGAUGAGAACACGGGGGAUAUUCACGCGACCAAGAGGCUGGACCGCGAGGAGCAGGCCUACUACACGCUCCGGGCCCAGGCUCUCGACAGACUCACCAACAAGCCCGUGGAGCCCGAGUCUGAAUUCGUCAUCAAGAUCCAGGACAUCAAUGACAACGAACCCAAAUUCUUAGAUGGCCCCUACACAGCUGGAGUCCCUGAAAUGUCUCCAGUGGGAACCUCGGUGGUACAAGUAACAGCAACAGACGCCGAUGACCCCACGUAUGGCAACAGCGCCCGAGUCGUCUAUAGCAUUCUGCAAGGACAGCCUUACUUCUCUGUGGAACCCAAGACAGGAGUCAUCAAGACCGCCCUUCCCAACAUGGAUAGAGAGGCUAAAGACCAGUAUUUGCUUGUUAUUCAGGCAAAGGAUAUGGUUGGUCAGAAUGGAGGACUCUCAGGAACAACGUCGGUCACCGUGACCCUGACUGAUGUCAAUGAUAACCCACCUCGCUUUCCUCGAAGGUCUUACCAGUAUAAUGUCCCAGAAUCAUUGCCAGUGGCCUCAGUUGUGGCCAGAAUCAAAGCUGCCGAUGCUGAUAUAGGAGCUAACGCUGAAAUGGAAUAUCAAAUAGUGGAUGGAGAUGGAUUGGGGGUGUUCAAGAUUUCUGUGGACAAAGAUACACAGGAAGGAAUCAUUAGUAUCCAGAAGGACCUGGAUUUUGAAGCCAAAACGAGUUACACGCUCCGGAUAGAAGCUGCAAACAAAGAUGCCGACCCUCGCUUUCUCAGCCUGGGGCCGUUUAGUGACACAACCACUGUGAAGAUCAUCGUGGAGGAUGUGGAUGAACCCCCCGUUUUUUCCUCCCCCCUGUACUCCAUGGAGGUGUCAGAGGCGACUCCAGUCGGGAACAUCAUUGGUACAGUAGCAGCUCAUGAUCCAGAUGCCUCGAAUAGCCCCGUGAGGUAUUCAAUUGACAGAAACACAGACUUGGAGAGAUACUUCAAUAUUGAUGCCAACAGUGGUGUUAUUACCACCGCCAAAUCUUUGGAUCGAGAAACAAAUGCUGUCCAUAAUAUCACAGUCCUUGCAAUGGAGAGCCAGAAUCCAUCCCAGGUAGGAAGAGGCUACGUGGCCAUCACCAUCCUGGACAUUAAUGACAACGCCCCUGAGUUUGCCAUGGACUACGAGACCACGGUCUGUGAGAAUGCGCAGCCAGGACAGGUGAUCCAGAAAAUCAGUGCCGUUGAUAAAGACGAACCCUCCAACGGCCACCAGUUUUAUUUCAGCUUGACCACGGAGGCCACGAAUAACCACAACUUCUCAUUAAAAGAUAACAAAGACAACACCGCUUCCGUUCUCACCAGGAGGAAUGGCUUCCGGAGACAGGAGCAGUCUGUUUACUACCUGCCCAUCUUCAUCGUGGACAGUGGGUCACCGUCCCUCAGCAGCACCAACACCCUCACCAUCCGGGUCUGUGACUGUGAUGCAGAUGGGGUAGCCCAGACCUGCAACGCCGAGGCCUAUGUCCUCCCUGCAGGUCUCAGUACGGGAGCUCUCAUCGCAAUCCUCGCCUGUGUUUUGACACUGCUGGUGCUCAUCCUCCUGAUCGUCACCAUGCGGCGGCGGAAGAAGGAGCCGCUGAUCCUGGACGAGGAGCGCGACAUCCGGGAGAACAUCGUGCGCUACGACGACGAGGGCGGCGGCGAGGAGGACACGGAGGCCUUCGACAUGGCCGCGCUGCGCAACCUGCACGUGCUGCGGGACCCCGCGGCGCGCCGCGACGUCACGCCCGAGGUGCAGUUCCUGGGCCGGCCGGCCUGCAAGGGCGUCCCGGACAACGUGCUCUUCCGCGAGUUCAUCUGGGAGCGGCUCAAGGAGGCCGACGUGGACCCGGGCGCGCCGCCCUACGACUCGCUGCAGACCUACGCCUUCGAGGGCGACGGCUCGGCGGCCGGCUCGCUCAGCUCGCUGGACUCGGGCAGCUCCAACUCGGACCAGAACUACGACUACCUGAGCGACUGGGGGCCGCGCUUCAAGCGCCUGGCGGACCUCUACGGCCCCGGCCCCGAGAGCCUGUACUCCUAGCCCCGGACCCGGGUGGACCGGCCACGCACGCGGUGGAGACGGACGGACGGGCGGGCGCGCGGCGGGGCGCACGGGCAUCCCCCUGGGCGCGCGCCCCGGGACCGGCUUGUAAAUAUCCGCACCCCCUGGGGAUGCGCCUCCUGCAACUCUUCCUGGGUGCAGUUGCUCACCUUCUCUUCCUGGGUGCAGUUGCUCACCUCCUCUUCCUGGGUGCAGUUGCUCACCUCCUCUUCCUGGGUGCAGUUGCUCACCGAGGGACGGCGCUGACCACGGGGACGCUGGACAGCAGCGGGUGCUGUUUUGGGGGCAUCCGGAUGCUCGGUGGCUGGUGAAUCGAGAGCAACUCGCAGAUGCCUACCUGCCCAGGCACCCCCGCUGCAGGAGGGAACACUGCCCAGGGAGAUGCAAUGCCCAGGGAGAUGCGGUGCCCAGGGACCAGCGGUGACCAGGUGCUCAGCUAAAGGCUGGGCACUUUUUGCAAGAGCCAACCUAGGGGGGCGAAGGGAAUUGAUGACGGUGACGUUUCUAGCUUGCUAUAAGAGUCUAGACUCUAGCAAGGUCUUCUUGCCGGCGGUUAGCAGAAAUAUUUUUACUUAGCUCUUUAUCAAUUCUUAGAAAGUCUUACUUACUUGAUCCCACCCCACCCCCACCCCACCCCCCAAAAAGAAAUUCAAUAAAAUCUCGUAUAAAGCAACAACCAUAGACCAGUGUUCAGCAAAUGAAUUAGGAAGGGGUUCCAAAUAAGAAAAGGAAAAAAUGUUUUUCAAAGUUUGCCCUUGUCCUGAGAUGCUCUUGUAGGUAUGGGAAAAAGUUGCUGUCUAUUCGUGGAUUUUUUUUUAAUUCUCUCUUCUGAUUUGUACAGGAGAAUGCCUUUUCUUUUUUAUUCGACACAUGGUGGUAUAUUUAUUUUGGAGCCCUGGUCGCCAGGAAAUUCAGGUCCAUCUUAUUGCCUCAUAAUAUUAAACUCGUCAGAAAAUGCUGAUUUUACUCCAGUCUGGGUUGGAGGGGAACCGAAACGUGGAAACGGAGAGAAGAAAUGGUUGAGCAGCUGAGCUCCAUGCAGUUAACAUCUCAGAGGGGAGCUCAGUGGUAGGGCCCCCUGGAUAUUCCUCUGAGCCAUCAAAAUGUAUCAAAGAGUGGAAUAAAGUACUGGGAUUCCAGAAAGAAAGUUUUCAAGAAUUGCCAUUUCCUUUGAUGCAAGAUUUAUUUUCUCCGGUUCCAAGUUCUAUAAAUGCCAGGAACAUCUGAGGAUUUUUUUCCACACAAAUCUAUUGGCUGUAACAUAAUGAGUAAAGAAUUAUUUUUAUUUAUAUGUCUACACAUAUAUACAUAUAUAUUUCAUAUAUAUGUAUAAUAUAUCUUAAUGUGCUGCUGUUGCUGGUUUCAACCCUCACCUUUGAAUUCUGAUACAGAUUACAUUUCCCAAGUUUGGGGGGCAACAGGAGGGGGACAACAAUGUAUGAUUUCUAAACUGGGCCAGGGUGCCGGAGUGAGGAAGGCCAGUUAAAGUGAGCAUAUGUUUAAGAUGGGCUGCUUAGAAAGAAAAUAGUAAUUAUGCCUAAAAUAUGUCUACUUCAUUUUUUUCCCUCUGGUCCCAUAGUAAAUAAUCUUCGUAUAUUCAAAUAAGAAGUGAUUUGUUAUUUCUUUUCUGCUUUCAACAAAGAAUUGUUGAGUUCCCAAUAAACCUGCAGAUAGGAGGAAAUUAGCUUCUGAAAGUGCUUCUUGCUAAAAAAAGAACAAAAUACUGGACCCAGAGUAUUAAUGUUUAUAUUAAUUGGAAAGAAACUAUGUAGGAUUUCAUGAACUUGCCAGACCAUCUUUAGAAAUAAAACAGCCACGUGGCCUUCAGCAUCAACCAAAUAAAUGAUCAAUUUGGUUCUUCACACACUGUCCCUUUAUUCGAAUACAAUAUAGAGAUGCUUCUUUGCCAUAUUAUUGUGUGUAUAUGUGAGAAAUAAUUUUAUAACAGUGAGAUUGUUGUGACAUGUAGUCACUUAUGUAAGAUUUUCUAAUUAAAUAUAUAUAAAUAUGGGUAAAAGUGCCCAAUUCAAAAAAAUUAGAAUGUGGUAUAGAGAUUAAUCAGUUGUUAAGUCUGCAGGGCGCUGAAGAGUUUUGUUACUAGCCGUCUUAUUGUGUGAUAGGAGAUAAGAGUUUAGUAAUUUGGACUGUGAUGUCAAAACUGAUUAUACCGAUUGCAUCACAUAUAACUAGAGGGAGCUUCGAAUGAAUGACUUUCAGGGAAGAGAUAUCAUCAGUGACUUUGCUUUCCUUUUAUAGUUUGUAUAUUCUCCUCCUAAACAUUUUUUUAAAAAAACGUGUCAGUAAUAGAUUCGUGGAAAAAAAUGCUCAGAUUUAAAUAUUUAAAAUUUCUGCACCUCCCUCAUUGCUUUUUCAUGUAUGAAAAUUGCAUCAAUGUAACGUUGAAAUGGACUUGGUGGCAUUUUUGUUUAAAACUUUGGAAUAAUUGUAGGAGCACUCCUAAUAUAAACUAAUUUUUUUAUGAAUUACUGGGACUAAUUGUAAUAGUAAUGGGCCUGCAACUUACUCUAGUUUCAUCUUUCUUCUGAAGUCUAAGGCUAUAUACUGUUAUCCGAUAUAACACCUAAGAGAUAGAGAAACGGAAACAUUUGAUGAAAUUCAAUAAAGCUAGCCAAGAGAGCCUCCAAAAGCAUUGAAAUGAAUCCCUAUUUUUGUCACUAAAAUUUAAUGGCACACAGUACCAGCUAGAGCCAACUUCCCGGAACUAAUUAUGCACCUCUGUUCCCAGCACCCUUUCCUUUGAUGUCGUUUCGGUAGGUGGAAGUAAUACCUGCAACACCAUAGUAAUAAGCAAACACUGCCUUUUCCACUGCAAAAAAACAGAUGUUAAAUGCUUACCAGUGCUCAUUGCUUAAAUUAGUCUAUGGAAAAAAAGACUCAUGAUUAUGGUAUAAAAGAACAGAAUGUCUGAAAAUGACACGAAAGGAAUUUACAUUAUACUUGUGAUUUCUUGCUUUUUAAUGCUUGGAGCUCAAAUUAAAGGGUAGUGUGAAUCAACUUCACUGGGAAGCAACGGCUUGAUUUCAACCACAGAGAAUAGUUUUUGAAGUCUUUCAUCUGAACAUUUACACUGAUCCAUUGGAGAGCACUGUUAGAAACUUAAAGUUCACCAAAUGACAUCUAUUCCAAACAAUUUCUUUUAAAAAUCGUAUCACACUAAUUACCAUCCAUGAAAUAAAAAUCGGCCCAAACUCCUGAACUUGUUAUCAAGGCAAACUUUUAAGUCUAUUAAAAUAAAAAACAAGCAAUUCAAGGAAGCUGCCUUUUGCAGAUCGUGCCUAAAUUGUAAAUCUGGGUUGGAGAGUAGAGAAGAUUAGACAGCACAUGUGUCUUGCAUAUGGCCAACUCUACUUGGCAUCUUACAUUGCAUAUAAUCCCCUGGUGUGGCCCCCAAACUACAAAAAAAAUUGUAAAUCUGGGUUUGCAGAUCAGUCUACGAUCCACAUUGAAGUAAUAUUCCAAAGUCAACUACAGAUAAUCAGGAAAGAGAACAAGAUGAGCUAUAUGGGGACAGCUAGUAGACGAUUCUGUAAGAAACUACCCAGAUGAACCUGGUGAACUCAGUGCUUUGACUGGCUCUGCAGCUGAGACUGGAAGGAAAUGCCAGUUUAAGUAAUGAUGACAGCCUUUCACUUCGCCUUUUGAGAAUAUUUUAAAUUACUUUAAAAUUUAUGCACAGUUAUAUGUCCUACAGCAGGAAGAGUCUUCAGCAAUUAAUCUCAUGUAAAUGGAGCAAUUGCACAAGGUAUGAGUGAUACUGUGUUAUCACCCACACGUCCAAGGGAACUUAAAAGAAUAUCAACUACUUGCAUUUAUGUUCAAAUAAUAACCUGAAGAAGCUUGAAAUAAAUUUAUUCUAAGAGGCAAAAAUAGUCUGAUUUAAGCAUAUUAAGGUCUGUAGGCAGUUGUAAAUAUUAAUCUUAAAUUGCCACGUUUAAUUUGACAUCUAUUGAUUACAAACCAUUUUCAUUACCUUAAUUGUUUCUAAAUCACUACUUAAAGGUUUAUUUACAGUUGAUCAAAUUAAAGUUGCUUAGAAGAACGUUUCAGCUUCACUCUUGUGAAGGAUGGAGGCAAUUAAUAGAUAAGAAAAUUUUCUUUUCAUCUGUGCUGUUGAUUUGAUUUUAAAUAGUCUGCUGUUUUUAAAUUAUUAAUGUAUAUUUUGUAUAUAUACAAUAUAAUAUGAAAUUUAGCUGAGAGCUAAUACAAUCAUUGCAGACUAAUAAUCAUAAUCAAAAGUAAGAAUGAGUGAGAGGAUUUAUAGAGUAUAAUUGAAAUCGUUUUGGAGAAGAGUGAUAAGCCCAUUUAAAAAAAUGGCAUUAUAUGAGGCACUAUGGGAUUUGGCAGGCACCGUAAAUUAGAAUUCCAGGGGUAAUUUUUCAAGCAGAAACAAGAUAACCAGUGUGUAUAUGACUUCAUGACAAUUUGUUGUCAUUAUUCUAACUUUUACAGGGGGAGGUUAACUGAGAAAGACAUGUACCUGUUGGUGUGUGUGUGUGUGUGUGUGCAUGUGUUCAUAGUUGAGGAGCACCCAGAUAUCUAUCUCAAAUGACCCUGAAAAAUCAGAAUUAUUACCUUGUCAGUGCCAGUAUGUUGUCAUUUGAGCAAUAUUUUUAUCUGCUUCAAGAAUCGAACUUAAUGGAAAUCUGAAUAGGAGAGCAUUUGGCCGAACUAUCUGGAUAAUUGCCUUUUAUUUUUACUGGGCAGAUGUGAUCUCAUUGUUAACAGGGAAUGUGGAGUGUGAAUUAUUUGUUAUGGAAUGUCAUGGUGUUGGCCCUCUGAGGCCCAGUCUGCUGUGGCAGGAAGUACCCCUGGUCUGUGCUGUAAAAUCUGGGUCAGACGCCAAUUCCGGCACAUUUUUGCUGUGCCCUCGAUGCCACUCUCGUUCUCUGAACCUUUAUAUCUUCCUGAUUAAAAUUGAGUUAAUUGCUAUCCUGUCUGUUUCCAAGGCGUGUGAGAUGAUUAAGUAAAAGUGCUGUGUAAACUGUAAAACAUUGUUAAAAAAUGUAAGGCUUUAUUAUGGAAAGUUAUGGAAAUUAUAUAAUAAGGUUGAUUAUAUUUAUUGUUAUAUGGUAAACACAAAUAAUUUCUGGGUUGGGAAAUAGGCGUUCAGUGGGAAAAGGAACAUGCAAUUAGUAUCCUAAGCUGGCGGAGAAUAUUCAAAGACAAUUGGCAUAAUUACUUAAAACCAGUACUCCAAACAAACAGUCAUUUUCUGAGUUUUUGAAAGCUGGGGAUCUCACUCAAGCUAAUUCAACCAUUCAUAAAAAUUAAGGAUGUCAGCAUGAGCGAGGCAUUAUGAAUUAAAAAAAAAAAACAACAAUUUUCCCCACACAAGCUGUUAUAGGGUGGAAAAUGAGGUCUCUCGGUGAACUAGCACCCAUUAGAGAUCCAAAUAAAUUGGACCAGAUUAUUGAGAGACAUCAGUGAAUACAAGUUAGAUGACCUUUUUUGCCAUGGGAGGUGAUAAAAGGAGGCCUCCAAAGUAGAAUAUAUGCUUCCUUCAUGAGUGGCAUAUGUAGAAUUAAUAAUGUAUACUCUUCAAAGAAUUAUAGGACAGUAAUAUUAAUGGACAUGCAAACCAUUCAGUAUUCUUGCUAACUACUAAGCACUUUCAGUAUUAAUUUUGCCAUCACUUAUUUACCCUCAUGCACUGAGGACUCUUCGAAGAUUAAACAAUAACAUCUAGCAGAUUCUACUGUUAUGCCAGAGACCAUCGGCUCAUAAAAUGGGGUUCCUGUCACUUCUACUCAGCAUUAUCUGCUAUCUGGUUAUUUGAAACUUGUGCCAACGAGCAUUAUAAACAAACAUAAAUGAAUAGCUCUGUAAUGACUGACAGUGUUGAGAUGCAGCCUAGCCGACUUGUUCAAAAACAUUAACUCUUGAAUUUUCCUUGUAUUCAUGAACUUAUGCUAAUGGUUUAUAUUUUUAUAAAUGGGAAAUUAUAUGAUUCAAUACCUUCCUGCUGUAUUUUUUGUGAGUACUGUUUCUUGUAUAUCAAAAUAUAGAAUAUAUAGUAUGCUGCAUAUGAAGAAUCUUUCAAAGAGGAAUCAGCACUUUUUAAACAACCACCAGUAACUAUAUAGAGAUGGUUAUUUUACUUGUUGUGUGUGUUUAUUUUUAUUUAUUUUGCCUUCGAGUAUUGAGGCACUCCAGGGUUCCAUACUGGUGAGUCAUGGCCAGUGGGGUCAGCGGCUCAACGUGAGGCCAGAGGAUGCAGUGCCACAGUGCUGGAGAUACCAGCACCUGCCCAGUGGUACUCAGGGGGAUUCCAGAGCUGAACCCAGUGAUGCCCAGAGACUGUAUGAUGUCAGGAAUUAAACUAGAAUGAGCCACCUAUAUGAUGUCAGAAAUUAAACUAGAGUCGGCCACAUGCAAAGGCAGCAAUUUAACCCCUAUACUAUCUCUCCAAUCCUGUAAGAAUAUAUAUAUAUAAUUUUUCCUGCCCCCCUGUAGGAUAUUUUAAAGACAAGAAAAUGAAAAGGAGUAAGAAGUCACUACACACAUCCAGUUACUAUUGCAUCAGUAUAUUAGGCUUGAAAUUGCUUAUGUAUUGAACGUAUACCACAGACAUAGACACACACACACAAGAUUAUGAUACUAAAUAUUUAAAGCAAAGAAAGGGCUUUCAGCAUUUUGCUUUGAAAGAUAACAUGGCUAUCGAUUCUAAUUAAUUUACAAUGAGAUUAGCUGAACUUGAGGAGAAAAUACUGCACAUUUUUAAAGCUGCUCUCUACUGCAGGUUUUCAAAAUUCUUUAUAAAAAUCUAGAGAAAUGAGCAAGUCACAAUCAGUAAAAUACCCCCAUGCAUUUCAGAAAAGUCACUAUUGAAUAUUUAUGAAACUCUAAUAUUCAAAUGAUUGAAUCCUUUUCUUCCCCGUAAUAUUUUUGCUUACCUAAGUCACUUGAAUAAAUAUAGAAUUUGAAAAAUUCGUAUGCAUCACUGAAUCAAUCCUGAAGACCCAGUUUGACUGAGCCUUGGAAAAAAGCAAAAUUUUAAGGUCAGAAUGUUUGUCAGAAACUGAGGAUCAUUACACUGCUGCUCAAGCUCCCUUUUAAGAGUUUCCUCUAGUACAACAUGAUUGAUGUUGGGGCAGGGACAGGAUAUAAAAUAACUUUUUAGAACUCUCCAAAUCUAGAGUUAGAACUGUACAUGUUGUAGACAAAAUUCAUGCUGAUUAUGAAGCAAGACAGGAAAUCAGGUGGUGAUAAUGGGAAUCUUGCAUUAUUUCCUGAUGUUUGCUUUGCUGUGUUUAAAACAAAAAUAUUGGAAAGUUGCAGAGUGAGAUAUAAAAGAAAUUAACUUCCCAAAUGUUGUCUAUCUAAGGCCUGAGCUAUGACCAGGAAGCUUCCGAAGUUCUCAUUCUUAGUUGUGAGUGGAUUGCCAAUUUGGAUUUCUCUGUACUUCUCUUGACAACAUGGUACUGAAAUGAGGCUUUGUGUAAUGAAAUCUCACAUUUUUUUCUAAGUGAUUUCUAAUAUAAAAUUUUCUUCCUAAAAUAUUUUCUUGAAGUGUCAUUAUCUUAGCUUCAGAAAAUAGAAAAUAUGGGAUUUUUGACAUUAUUAUAAGCCUUCAAAUCAUCUUAGAAAGGCAUUGUCAUGACUCUUUGAUUAAAAAAAAUUGAAGCCCAGGAUAAUUGUAAUUCAGUUAAGGAAAUGUAAUAUGCAUGGUAGAUAUAAAAAAAAUGGGGUGGUAGAAAGAAAAUCCUUAGGAUAUUUGGUGCCUUGUAGUAUUCUAUUAUUGUAAGAUGCAUGGUAUUCUGGUUUGAAAGGUUAAGAAGACAUGUGAAACUUAUUUCAAAAUCAAGGUCUCCAACCAUAUUAGGCUUGGUUUUCUAAUGGCAUCUGAGGCAUUUUAUUACUUUAAAAAAAUUCCAAUUGGGAAAGUUGUGCUAAUUUCCAUGUUUGAAGAAAUAAGGAAACAAAUAUUUAUGUUACCUAUAGCACUGUCACUGUGGUCCCUUGUUCAUCGAUUUGCUCCCGUGGGCACCAGUUCCUGUCACUCUCACUGUCAUCCAUUGUUCAUUGAUUUGCUCAAGCGGACACCAGUAACGUCUCCAUUGUGAGACUUGUUGUUACUGUUUUUGGCAUAUAAAAUACGGGAUACUCUUGAUAGUUUGCUGGGCUCUCCGAAAGGGACAGAGGAAUUGAACCUGGGUCGGCCACUUGCAGGGCAAAAGCCCUACCCACUGUGCUAUCACUCCAGUUUAAUGUCACCUGUAAAUGGAUAUAUUGGCACUUGGUUCUAACCCAUUGCCUCUUAGAUUGUUCAGGGAGCUCAUUGUCCUGGAAAUGAACAAAGUCCCAGCAUUUUGCCCAAAUACGCAUUCAGAAAUCCAGCCUCCUUUAGGGUUCCUAUCACCCCUGCAUUACUGGUUCAUAAGAGCAGAAAGUCAGUCCCAACACACCCUACAUUUUGGCAAAAGGAAGAACGGAAGUAAAAGCUGUAUACUGUGAAGGUGAGCUGAACGCACACUGGUCCUGGAAGCAACUGCCCAGCCCAGCUGGAUGCCUGCUGUGCUCCUACCUCUCUAAAGACAUUCAGUCAAAUACGAUGAACAAUUAAGCAUUACCAAAUACAGGAGACAAGAUGCCAUGACAAGGAAGUUUUGCAGAAGACUGAGAAUACUGUAAGACAUACAUGGCAUUCUGGCUUGCAAGCUUAAGGAGACGUUUGAUACUUAUUUCAAAAUCAAGCUCUCCAACCAUAUUAGGCUUUGGUUUUCGGACGACAUCUGAGGCAUGUUAUUCCUUUUAUUAAAAAGUUCACUUGGGAAAGUUGUGCUAAAUUCCAUGUCUGAAUUAACCAAAAACCCCUAAAAAUCGAUAUAGGAAAUGUUUGAAGAAAUGAAAGAGGGCAAGUAAAAGUAGCAAUAAGUUCAUCUUAUUGAUGGAGUCUGGCUUGCAAAAAUAAAUUGCACAUUCAGAAAAGAAGAAUUCUACUUUAAAGCCAAAUGUUUCGGAGGGAGUAUAGACUGCAUUUGGCACUGUAAAAGAGAGAUUGAGUCCACUAAGAGAUAGACUGAGAGAAUUAGCUGCAUUGCAGCAGUAAGAGACAUUUGAAGAUGCAAUCCUAGAAAAUAUAAAGGUCCCAAUGUCAUGCCAAGGUCGAACAUGCCUUGAACACUGCAGUUUCAGUUACUGAGAACUUUGGUAGAAUGCCCCCACACCUUACUUGACUCAUGUUGGACUCUGACUACACGUCCUGUGCCCUUGACGUUACAGCAACCGAAUGACCUUGGCACAUUGUCAUUUGAUUUCUUAAGCUCAAAGGUCCCUUUCACAACAAUUAUAAAAGUAUGAAGCCUUAAACCUAGUAAAUAAAUCGAACACGUUCACUUCAACUUGCCUUGCCCCUGUAAAAACUAUACCAAAGCAAUUGGAUUUUAAGCCAGAUAAUUAAACAGGAAUAUAUUUUCCCUUAUCUUUUCUCUCUGGGGCUUCUGAGCGGUUUCAUCUGUAGUUACUGAUGAUCUACGUGCAAUGUUAUGUUUUUUACUCGGAUAUUAAAGGAAUUAUUGGAAUUGGACAGAAAAAACUCAAUAUAAUGAUUUAAAUGGCAUGUGUCCAGAAAAUGCUUAUUCCUCCCCCAGGAACACACUGCACACCCCUCUUCAAGCUUCUUCACCCUUGCAGUCCGUUCGUCAAUGUGUUCUACAGCCAUAAAUACAACCAGUAAGCACCAGUCAUUCCUCAUUUCUCUCCUGAUCUCUUGGACAUCCAGUCUGCCCUAAACCACUUUUAGCUCCCUUUGUUGAUAAAUUUUAUAGACACAGCUCUACUGUGCUCUGUGUUUUACAAGUUGGUAGUAAAUGUGCUGCCCUCAACGCUCAGCUGAGGUAAGGGUUGCUGUGUUGUUUACUGUUCCUUGGAAUCUCUAAAGAGGGUCAAGGGUGAAUAUGGUGUUAUAAGAACUUGUUCUCAGAUGUUAAGAAGGCCAGGAUUUGGAGAGAAACAGGCUUUCUACAUAACAGUACUUUUUUGCCUCACCAGAUAAAUAACUAUCACACAAAACAAUCAAUAGAUAAAACUGGGUUUUCUGAUUUUUUCAUGCAGUGGAAAAUAUAUCCCAGAUUUGGAGAAGGAACAUAGUCUUUUUUUGUAUAAGCCUAAAAGAAGUUUUAUAUUCAUCUUUUAUUAGUUUGAAACAUAGGCUAGCUUCUGUAAUAAAGAUAAUUGGUAAAAUGGUUCACAAAAGUAAUUAAUGGAAUUUCUUAUUAAAAACAUUACUUUUAUUAUCCAAAAUUAUAUCAGAGAAAACUUAAAUCACAGAAAUUCUUCUUUACUUAAAUUUAAGAAACUUACUUAGAUAUAGCAUUUUACCAUUUUGUACACACAUUAUAUAUGUAUACAUAUAUAUUCUGAGGAUAUGAAUUAUUAGCAUUUGACAUUCAAGGAAAGGGAAACUCAAAGAGGUGUAAUUGAUUUUCCAGUGUUUCUACAGGAACAACCGAUGGAAUAGAAACAUGAAUUAGACCAAGACAGUUUGUUCUCUGUCUUUCCUUCCCUUCCUCUUUCAUUCCCUCUUUCCUUUCCUUCCUUUUACCAGUCAGAAGUACUGAAAGUUGACACUUAGGAAUCACUUCUAGUGAGUUCAGGGGACAAUAUACAAUGCUGGAGAUCAAACCUAGGUCAGCUGCAUCCAAGGAAGUGCCCAACCUACUGUACCAUCUCUCCAGCCCCAAGACCAUUCUUUCUUAACAGCAAUGUGAUGAGACAUUAUCAAAAACCCCCAAAUCAUUUCACUGUGAAGCACAUAUGCUGACCAGAUAUGUAAUCGAUGUGUUUUGCUUUUACUCCAGGUUCAUAUGUGACCAAAAUGGGAAGACAUAAUCUGUAUGAACGGGAUCCUUUAAUGUUACUAGAUGAGAAAGCAUGAAAUACACUCAUCAUUGUAUUUCUAGAAUCAAAUCUGAGUUGUUCUAAAUAUUAUUUCACUUUUUCAAUAUCACAUCGGUCUUUAUACGAAUUGGAAAGAAUUACAGAGCACUGUGAAUAGUUACAAACUUCAAGAACAGACGGAGGGAUGGGGGCGGGGCUCGGAGAUUAACAUGUGGCUUACAUGCAUGAGAGCUCGGUUCAGUCCCUGACACCUCAAAAAGAAGGCAAAAAAAUAAAAGAUUAGGUACAGGAUGGAACUAAAAGCUUUCACUUCGAAAUGACUAUCAAGGGGGCUGAAGAGACAAUUCAGCAGGUAAGGCUCUUCCUCUCACCAUGCUGACCUGGAUUCCAAACCCCACAUGGUCCUCGAGCCCCUCAAGGGGUGAUCCCUGAACACAGAGCCAGGACUAACCCCAUCAACACCAGGGAUGCCCUCCCAACCCCCACCAAACAAACAAAAAAUCACAUCCUGUGUUGAAUCCAGUGACAUAGAAAGAAGGUUGGUAUCGCUAUUAGAAUAGAGAUAGGUUUAGUAUGGCAAUUGAACUUAGUACGUGUCAUUAAAAUCUUGACUACUCUGAGGGAAAAAAAAUUCAACAUUUUCUGAAUCCAUACUUACCCUAUUAAAGGAAAAGUUCAUAAAAUGUUGAUUAAAAGCCAAUAUCAAAAUGAUUCAAAUUAGCGUGGCGGAUCCGGGUUCGAUUUCUCCGCCCCUCUCGGAGAGCCUGGCAAGCUACUGAGAGUAUCUCGCCAGCCCAGCAGAGCCUGGCAAGCUACCCGUGACGUAUUCUAUAUGCCAAAAACAGUAACAAUGAGUCUCACAAUAGAGAUGUUACUGGUGCCCGCUGGAGCAAAUCGAUGAGCAAUGGGAUGACAAUGACAGUGACAGCCAUAUUUCAUGUCAAAAUUCCUCCCCAUCUUCUAAUCAACCUUGUCAAAUCUAACCAUUAAUUGACUUUUAAGUGCUAAGUAAGCUUUCACAUGGGAUGCAGGUUGAUCAUACAGUGGGGAAUUAAAUAUUAUUUCCAAAUACCUAUUUUUUUCAUUUAUUUUGUGAUUUUUGCAUUGCUCAAAUCCUAGAAAGACAGUGUUAUUGUGUAAUAGCACUCUUCUUAAGAAAGCUUAUUCCUUCAGAUUUUAUAAGCUACACUUAACUCAAUUUCUGCAAGUUCAAGAUUUUUGCAUUUCAUAUCCCAUGUCCUUUUGAAAGGCAGAGAGCUCCAAUGAGUGUGCAAUCAGUGACCUCUCUCAGGCAGUCUACCUACCAUGAAUAGUAGAAGAUAAUCUUUACAUACCCAUAUAAAGACUAUCCAGGGAUCCAGCUACUCGCUGUAUUGGGUAAGUAUAAGUUGAAUACUUGUCAGUGACUUCAAAACACUUUGCCUGCCUUUUACAAUGUGAUUAUCAAAAUAAGCACUUCAAGGAUAGAUUAUGUGGUAUUGAAUAAAAUGAAAAGCAUGAAUCCAUACUUGUACAAAAUGAUUUAAAAUUAAAUUAGAAUUUCAAAGGUACUUUCUUGUAACUGAAUGACAACAUAAAUACUGAAGGGAUGAUAAAGCUAGGGAUAUUUCCAUGGAUAUUAAAACUAGUGUGUAAUACUUGAUUUUAAGCAUAUUUGCAUAUUUCUAAGAGUUAUCCUUAACAUAUUUAUUAAUUUCAAAGGGAAAGUGUAAUCUUUAGAGUGGGAAAAAAUCUCUCAGACAUAACUCUAAUCAGGUCAUAACUAGAAAAAAAAUAGCAAAUGCCUCUCGUUUGACAUUCUGAGAAAGAUACAAUUUUGCUUUUGAAAGAACUGUUUCUAAUCAGAAAAAUACAUACUGUAAAUACAUAUUGAGAAACAGCCCCCAAAAUAAUAAGUGUAUGGUUUUCAAGAUUUUCAAGAUGAAGGAAGAUAGCUAUGGCAUGUUACAGAUGAAAGUACGGCAAGGGGAUAUUUAAGUGCAAUGUAUCUGCUCUCGGAGUUAAAAGGAUUUUUUUAAUGUUUCUAUGAAAAGACAUCUUGAAGGCCAGCCUAGUAUCUGCCUGACCACAGAGUGAAAUUACUUUUAUAUCUAUUUUCCGUAACAAAUGAAACACUUGAUUUCUGUAAUGAUAGAAUAUUAAAGCCAGAAUUAUCUUAGCAACUGAGAUAGAUUAAAACAGAUAAUCAGAUAAACAUAGUAGGGGACUUUACAUCCCAGUGUUAAUUCAUGUGAUACGGAGUUAGGAGUAGUUUCUAUGGUGAUCACCAAACUGCUGCUAAUCUUCAUUUCCUUUCUGCAUAUGAUAAUAUAUUUUCUUUUGUGAAUUUUAAGGAGAUGCUUUAUAAAGUUUUUAUAUUUACCAAUGAUGUAACUUGGCAAUGGCUAAUUUUCUUACAAAUGCAGUUUUUCAGGUUAUUAUCUUCAAAGUUUGUAAUCAAUGUUAUCACUUUUCUAUGAUGUUAAUGAUAGAAUAUGUGACUGGUUUGAAACAGAUUCAUUAAGUAGAAAUCUAUGUUAAGUAAGGACCAGAAAUAUUCCUUAGGAAAUACUAAGUCUGGAAAUACUGCUGUUAUAGCAAACAUUAUGAUGUCAUUUUCAAGGGUCUAUUCAUCAUUUACUGUGCUGGGUAAAGAAAAGAAUAAAAUGGUUUGGGCCAUGGCUAA